AUGGACUCUGCAUACGAGACGAGCCACAUUCGCAAGCUGCAGGUACAGCACAUGAGGAUGCAGGAGAAGACUUUCACCAACUGGAUCAACAACGUCUUCCAGCAUGGCCGGGUGGGCAUCAAGCUCCAGAACCUGUACACGGAGCUGGCUGAUGGCAGCCACCUACUUCGGCUGCUGGAGCUCAUUUCGGGGGAGGCCCUGCCACCCCCCAGCCGGGGUCGCCUGCGGGCGCACUUCCUGGAGAACAGCAGCCACGCUCUGGCUUUCCUCAGGGCCAAGGUGCCAAUACCCCUCAUUGGGCCAGAGAACAUCGUGGACGGAGACCAGACACUCAUCCUGGGACUCAUCUGGGUCAUCAUUCUGCGUUUCCAGAUUUCCCACAUCUCCCUGGACAGGGAGGAGUUUGGGGCCAGCGCAGCCCUGCUGUCUGCCAAGGAAGCUCUGCUGGUCUGGUGCCAACGGAAAACAGCCGGCUACCCCAACGUCGACAUCACCGACUUCUCCCGCAGCUGGAGUGACGGGCUCGGCUUCGGUGCCCUCAUCCAUGCACACAGGCCAGAUCUGCUUGACUACUGCUCCCUGCGUCCUGAGCACCCACUGCACAACCUUGACCUGGCUUUCCGCGUGGCUGAGCAGGAGCUGGGCAUUGCUCAGCUGCUGGACCCCGAGGACGUGGCGGCCCCCCAGCCUGACGAGCGCUCCAUCAUGACCUAUGUCUCCCUCUACUACCAUCACUUCUCUCGCCUGCACCAGGAGCAGACGGUCCAGAGGAGACUUGCUAAGAUCCUGAGUCAGCUGCAGGAGACGGAGGAGCUGCGGACCCAGUACGAGCAGCUGGUGGCCGACCUGCUGUGCUGGAUCGCAGAGAAGCAGGUGCAGCUGGAGGCGCGGGAUUUCCCAGACUCCCUAGCCACCACGCGCCAGCUGCUGGUGGCCUUUGCCUGCUUCCGCACCCAGGAGAAGCCGCUGCGGCUGCAGCAGCGAGGGGCCACAGAGGCCCUGCUCUUCCGGCUGCAGACUGCGCUUCGGGCCCAGAACCGCAAGCCCUUUCUGCCUCACGAGGGCCUGGGCCCUGCAGAGCUGUCCCAGCGCUGGGCAGGCCUGGAGCGGGCAGAGGCCUCCCGGAGCCAGGCCCUGCUGCAGAGGAUCCUACAGCUAGAGCGGUUGGAAGCCCUGGUCCGGCGCUUCCAGCGCAAGGCAGCCCUCAGGGAGAGCUUUCUGACAGACACAGAGUGCAUGCUGGGCCAGGCCGCAGCCGCAGCCCCGCCAGCCAGCCUGGCCACAGUGGAGGCGGCUGCCCAGAAGCUGGGCAUGCUGGAGGCCAGCAUCCUGCCCCAAGAGGGGCGCUUCCAGGCCCUGGCCGAGAUUGCAGACGUCCUCCAGCAGGAGCAGCACCAUGGCUGGGCAGAUGUGGCCUGCAGGCAACUGGAGAUCACUGGGCGCUGGGAGCGACUCCUUGAGCGUCUCCGAGGGCAGAAGAAGCAGAUGGCAGACCUGCAGGCUGUGCUGAGCUUGCUGCAGGAGGUGGAGAAUGCCUCCAACCAGCUCAAGGAGCUCCAGGUGCUGGCCAGCUCCACAGCCUGGGGGCAGCAGUUGGCAGAGACAGUGCAGCUGCUGCAGAAGCAGGACCUGCUGGAGGCCCAGGUCUCGGCCCACGGAGCCCAUGUGCGCCACCUUGCCCUCCAGACCGCGGAGCUGGACUCGUCCCCGGGCACUAGUGUGGAGGUGCUGCAGGCCAAGGCCCAGGCGCUGGCCCAGCUCCACUGGAGCCUGGUGUCCCUUGUCAAGGCCCGGCGGGCCUUGCUGGAGCAGAGCGUGCAGCAGGCAGAGUUCCUGCACAACUGUGGGGAGGAGGAAGCCUGGCUGAGGGAGCGCCAGCAGCUGGUGCAGGAGGAGGCCGUGGGCCGGGACCUCAGCCAGAUCAGAGCGGGCCUGCGGAAACACAAGGCCCUGGAAGCCGAGCUGCGCCACCACCAGGCCGUGUGCGCUGAUCUUGUGCGGAGGGGAUGCGACCUGAGUGCCUGCGGGCCCCCCACGCGGCCGGAUCCCCGCGAGAGGGCCGAGGCGCUGCAGGGCGCGUGGCAGCGGCUCCGGGUGGUGUCUGCCCUGAGCUCUCCAAAGGAAGGCCUGAGGCACCUGGGGACCUGGAGUGAGGUCUCCUGCCACUCCGCCCCCCCGGGCACCCAGAAGAUGGCCCUCUCGGCUGAGCCUGACGCUAACUUUGACCCUAACACCAUACUCCAGACACAGGACUGCCUGAGCCAGGACUAUGAGGGCCUGCAGGCCUUGGCAAAGCACCACAGGGCACGGCUGGAGGGGACAGUAGCCCUGUGUGGCUUCCAUGGCUUCUGUGGGGAGCUGUGGUCCUGGCUGGAGAACCAGACAGCCCUGCUCCGAACGCUGCAGCCCCAGGCCCACAACUUGGAGGUCACACAGCUCACAUAUGAGAACUUCCUCACUGCCCUGGCUGUGGGGAGGGGCUGCUGGGCUGAGGUCAGCAGCAAUGCGGAGCAGCUGAAGCAGAGAUAUCCUGAAGAUACCCCCCAAAUCCAGCAACAGCAGGAGGAACUGAGCCGGAGGUAA